AUGUUUCCCUCAGGGAGAGGCUUCUCGGCCACAUUUGGCUUCGUCAUCGCUGCUCUUGUGAUGGUUGUUCUCAUACAGUUGCUCGCAACGAGUGAGCGAUAUGCGGAAAAGGGGACAGCCAAUGUGGAAACUACGAGUACGGAAGAUGGGAUGAUUGGUGCUACUAAGUAUACAGACCCUAUCAAAUCGACCCCAAAAGCUACAGUAUCUGCGGUAUCCUCUUAG